AUGGAAUUCAGUGUCGGAUUCAAUGAAAACAGUGCGAAAAAAAUAAAAAACGUCAUCUUUGUUGAGAGAACGGUACGAGUGAACUUCGAGAAUGGCCCUUCGAUUCCCUUUGAAGACUGUUGGCUCAGAGACCAUUGCAGAUGUACACAAUGCUAUCACGCGAAUACGUUCCAGAGAGCUAAACACAUUUUAGAACUGCCCGAUUCGAAGAUACUUACAUUACAAUUCGAUAAGAACAGUCUAACAAUUGAAUGGGACGAUAAGCACACUACAGAAUUCACAGCGGACUUUCUGUCGCAAUUCGAUUAUAAAACUUGGAAAAAUAAUCGCAGAUUGAAGCCUAGAUUGUGGCGCGGCUGUAACGUUGCUGACAGAAUAGCUAAAGUACACGUUGAUAAGUUUCUUGACUCUGACGACAGUUCAAAGGAAGUAUUUCAAUCGCUUCUUGACUAUGGCGUUGCCUUUAUAACUGGUGUGCAACCAAGCGCGGAAGCUACAGAAACAGUGUGCAAAGCUUUAGGAGGAAUUCAACACACUAUUUUUGGUGCUACAUGGGAAUUCACCACAGUUGCUGAUCACGCCGACACGGCCUAUACCAAUCUACCUUUGGCUGCGCAUAAUGAUAAUAUUUAUUGGACUGAAGCGGCUGGCCUCCAAAUCCUUCACUGCAUAGAACAUACAAACGGUACGGGCGGUGAAACUAUUCUUGUUGACGGCUUCUACGGAGCGACUUGUCUGAAGGAAGAUCACCCGGAGGAUUAUGAAUUCCUAACAACAUAUGAGAUUGAGGGCGAAUAUAUAGAAAAUCGUCAUCAUUUCACGCAUAGCGCACCUGUUAUCCAAAUCGACAAGAAUACUGAAGACAUUAAACAAAUAAGAUUCAAUGUAUACGAUAGAUCAGCUAUGGCAUUCAGGAGUGGCAGGGACUGUCGGCUCUACUAUCGUUCCUUGAAAAAUCUAGCUCGGUAUUACGAAAAUAAAGAAAACCAAUGGAUAUUCAAAUUAGUUCCAGGUCUUGUGAUGGUAAUAGACAACUUCAGAUUGCUUCACGGUAGAAACGGUUUCACUGGAAGGCGGGUGCUGUGCGGUGCGUAUGUGUCGCGCUCUGACUGGCUGGACAAAGCUCGGUCGUUAAAUCUCAUUCAAUAA